AUGCCAAAAUAAUAUUCAAAUUAUGAAGAUUAUGAAAUCUAAUGGGGAUAGCAAGAUGAUUAUGAAGUAUUAAAAAAUAUUGGUAAAGGUAAAUAUUCCGAAGUAUUUGAAGGAAUAAAUGUAAUAAAUAAGUAAAAAGUUGUAAUCAAGAUAUUAAAACCUGUAAGAAUAAAUAAAAUAAAAAGGGAAAUAAAAAUACUUUAAAUGUUAAAAGGAGGUCCAAAUAUAAUAGAAUUAUUAGAUGUAGUUCGUGAUAAUUCAUCAUAAACUCCAUCUUUAAUAUUUGAAUAUAUCGAAAAUACUGAUUUUAAAUCUAUGUUCCCUAAAUUAACUGAUUUUGAUAUUAGACAUUAUUUAUAUGAAAUAUUAAAAUCUCUUGAAUUUUGCCACAGUAAAGGCAUUAUGCAUAGAGAUAUUAAACCCUAAAAUGUUAUUGUUAAUCCUAAAUUAUAAAUACUUAAAGUUAUUGAUUGGGGUUUAGCAGAGUUUUAUCAUCCUUAUUAAGAUUAUAAUGUCAGAGUUGCUUCUAGAUAUUUUAAAGGGCCUGAAUUACUUACUGAUAAUAUUUAUUAUGACUAUUCUUUAGACAUUUGGAGCACAGGAUGCUUAUUUGGAGCUAUGGUUUUAUAUAUAUAAUUAAAUACAAUUUUAUGUUUUUUUAAUAAUUGUUAGAUUUUUAUGAAAGAGCCACUUUUCUAAGGACAGGAUAAUCGUGAUUAAUUAGUUAAAAUUGCGAAAAUAUUGGGGACCGAAGAUUUAUUUUAAUAUGUUUAAAAAUACGAUUUAAAAUUAGACCCUUAUUAUAAAGCUUUGGGAAAGUAAAUAUAAUUAUAUAUUUAUUAAAUUAUUUUAAUAAUUCGCUUUUUUUUUUUUAGUUAACCUAAAAAAUAAUGGAGUAAUUUUAUCAAUUAAGAAAAUAAAUAAAAUUGUAAUGAAUUAGCACUUGAUUUGUUAUCAUAAAUGCUAAUUUAUGAUCAUGUAUAUUAUUUUUUAUUAUUUUCUUUUUUUAGUUUUAAUUAAAAGGCUUUAAGAAUAACACCUAAAGAUGCUAUGUAACAUCCUUAUUUUGAUUUAAUUCGAAAAUAAUAAAAUUAAUGAGAUAUAAAACAACUAUCUGCUGUAUAAUAUAAUAUUAUUUUUAUAACUUGUAAAAUUAAAAAAUGAAGAUUAAAAACUUAUAAAUAAACAAAGAAGAAUAUUUAUAUAAGACUCUUUAUAAAAAUUUUAAAUAAACUUUUUUGUCUAACAAAUUGAAAA